CACUCGAAAAUCGGUGCAAACUCAAACUCAUCAAGAACGACGGACAAGCACUCACAAAAUGGCCGCCGACCUUCACCUCCCACACCAGCUCGCUGCAGCAAACAAGACGCUCACAGCGCAGUGCCACUGCAAGUCGGCCCACUUCACCGUGACGGUGCCUACGUCGGCUCUCCCGCUGCCGAUCCAUCUCUGCCAUUGCACCAUAUGCCGCUACACCCACGGCACCCUCAGCUGCUUCCACGCGCCGCUGCCCAAGGGCGUCGAGCCCGACUUCGUCUCUCCCUCCUCGAUAGAGUCAUCCCUCACGGGGUACAUUCACUCGGCGCAGGCCGCUUCCGAGCGCUUCUUCUGCAACACCUGCGGCUGCCACAUCGGCGACCGCGACAUCGAGCCCGACCCGGAAACCGGCAAGCCCGAAUGGCGCGUGGCCACCUCCAUCUUCACCGUCCACGAUGAAGACACCUUCCAGAUCCGCUCCCACGUUUUUACCAAUCCGGCCACCGAGCCCAACCUGUCCACCUGGCUGCCCUCCAUCAACGGCCGUGCCCUCCACGUCUGGAACCCUCCCCCAAACGACCCACAUCAUGAAUCCACCUUGGCCUCCCUUCCCCCGCCAGAGCCAGACCUCCCCGACCGCAAUGUCCUUCUGGCACAAUGCCACUGCGCCGGCAUCCGCCUCACCAUCUCCCGCCCUUCCCCCGCCGAGGCCGCGGACCCGUAUCUAAGACGCUACCUCCGCCCGAGCCCGAGUCCAACUCAGUCAGACUACAUUGACCCUUCUUCCGGCAAACUACCGAAUGCGCACUCCCACUCCCAAAACCUCAAGCGCGUCGCCUGUCUGUGCUUAUGCCGCGACUGCCGGCUCGUAUCCGGUUCGCACGUCGUCGCCUGGACAUUUGUCCCGCUAGCGUGUAUCUCGUCGUCCACUGGCAAAAAAAUGUCGGCGGAUGCGCUCGACGAGGUCGGGACCAUGAGGGUUUACCGCUCGUCGGACGAGGUGAGGCGGACGUUUUGCGGCGUCUGUGGGGCGACCGUGUUUUAUCUGUUUGAUGGCGAUGAGAGGGUGCCGGGGGGCGAUGAGGAGAAGAGGAUUGUGGAUGUGGCGGUCGGGAUCCUGAGGGAUUGGGAGGGCAAGGUCGCUGUCGAGGACUGGGUUGCCUGGCGGACUGGUAGGUUGGCUGGGGUGCAGUCUGGGAGGGAGUUUGACCCGGGGUUUGCUGAGGCGUUGGAGAAUGGGUUGGGGGAGUGGGGGAUCAAGAGGCAUGGGGUGAAGGUCACCUUUAAUAUUCCCCAGGAUUAGAGGAAAGGGAGUCGUGGAGGGGAAGUUGCUCUAUGGGCUGUGGUAGUCGAGUGAUCUACUAACCGUCUUUUCCAACAAGUGAACGGGGGAUGAUUGCAACGGGUACAGUUAGUGUGGGUUAUGGUGGUGUCCUGCCGUGGGUGUAUGCAGCAGUUAAACAUCCAUCGUCGUCCAACAUUACUAUAGAUAAUGUCUCU